AUGAAGUUCAGUUCCAUUAUCGCCGCUGGCGUCCUCUCUGUUUCUGCUCUUGCUAAGAGCAGUUAUAAGUAUGAGCGUCUUGACAAGAACGAUGCCGUUCUCCUCGUGGUCGAUAUCCAGGAAGGUCUUUACCAAUUGACCAGAGAUUGGGAUCCUACACUGUAUCAUCACCAGUCUAUGGCUCACGCUGCUCUUGGUCAGGCUUUCGACAUGCCUGUUAUCCUGACUACCUCAGCUGAUCAGGGUCCUAACGGUCCUCUCAUGCGAGAGAUCCGCGAAAUGUACCCCAAAGCCCCCCUCGUCCAACGCCAAGGCCAAGUCAACGCCUGGGACAGCGAAGAAUUCCGCGACGCCGUCAAGGCCACCAACAAAUCCCAAGUCAUCCUCGCCGGCAUCACCACUGACGUCUGCACCACCUUCCUCGCACUCUCCCUCCGUGACGCGGGUUACUCCGUCUGGGCCAACAUGGAAGCAUCCGGCACUACAACCGCUCUUAUCCGCGACAUCUCCAACGAUCGCAUGCGCGAUGCUGGUGUUCAGGUCGUUAGCCUGUUUUCCAUUGUCUGUGAGCUGAUGCGCGAUUGGAGGAACAAGCCUGGUGCUAAGGAGAUUUACCCUUGGCUUGGACAGUACUACCCCGCUGCUGGUUACAUGGCUCGUGGUCAUGCUGCAGCUAUUACUAAUGGAACCAUCCAGCCUGGUGAGGAUGGAUAUACUCACUAUCCUUAG